GCUCUGCGCCCCCCGACUUUCGAUUCGACAUUCGACUUUCGGACUCGCAGGACAUUCGAUUUGGAGGCAACGAGUCCGCCGAGCAGCCAGCACCACUCGCAGUCGUUUGUGAGCGUUCGCAGCGCCAGCAAAGUGUUAAACGAACAAGCCAACAAAUCAAAUACUACUUAAACAGAAACAGAAACUGAAACAGCAACCGAAACAAUAUCAGAAUCCGCAUCCAAGCCAGAAGAAGCGCUAAAUUCGCAGCCCCUCUGAGAUUCUGAGAUUCUCAGCCAGGAGAAACAGGAGAGUCAGGAGUCAGGAGUCAGGAGUCAGGAGACAGGAGGACAAAGGAGCCAAGGACAAGGAGCUGAAAGCUGAAAGGAGUGCGAACAAUGUGCGCCGCGCUGCGUCGUAAUUUGUUGCUGCGGAGCCUCUGGGUCGUCCUGGCCAUUGGCACCGCUCAGGUUCAGGCCGCUUCGCCACGAUGGGAACCCCAGAUAGCCGUCCUCUGCGAGGCCGGACAAAUCUAUCAGCCGCAAUAUCUCUCCGAGGAGGGCCGCUGGGUGACGGACCUCAGCAAGAAGACAACCGGCGCCACAUGUUUGCGUGAUAAAAUGGAUUUGCUUGAUUACUGCAAGAAGGCCUAUCCCAACCGAGACAUUACCAACAUUGUGGAGUCAUCCCACUACCAGAAGAUCGGCGGCUGGUGCCGUCAGGGUGCUCUGAACGCGGCCAAGUGCAAGGGCUCCCACCGCUGGAUCAAGCCGUUCCGCUGUCUCGAAGGACCAUUCCAAUCGGACGCCCUGCUGGUGCCCGAGGGCUGCCUCUUCGACCACAUCCACAACGCCUCCCGCUGCUGGCCGUUCGUGAGGUGGAACCAGACUGGAGCAGCCGCUUGCCAGGAGCGGGGCAUGCAGAUGCGCAGCUUCGCCAUGCUCCUGCCCUGCGGCAUCUCGGUCUUCUCCGGCGUGGAGUUCGUCUGCUGUCCCAAGCACUUCAAGACCGAUGAAAUCCACGUGAAAAAGACCGACUUGCCGGUGAUGCCGCCAGCCCAGAUCACCAGUGCCAAUGACGAACUGGUGGUGAAUGACGAGGACGACAGCAACGACUCCAAUUACUCAAGGGACGCCAAUGACGAUGAGCUGGACGAUGAGGAUGACCUGAUGGGCGACGACGAGGAGGACGAGAUGGUGGCGGAUGAGGCAGCUGCCGGAGGCGGAAGUCCCAGCGCCGGAUCCUCUGGGGAUGUCAAUAGCGGAUCUUUGGAUGACAUAAACGCGGAAUACGAUAGCGGCGAGGAGGGCGACAACUACGAGGAGGACGGAGCUGGAUCCGAGGGCGAGGCAGAUGGUGAGACCUCCUGGGAUCAGAGUGGCGGAGCUAAGGUGGUGGCCCUCAAGAGUGGUGCCUCCUCCGCCCCGUCCAGCAUUUCGGUUGCGCCUGCCUCCGAGAAGACACCCCUGAAGUCCGACGUGGUCACGAGCACCCCGCAGCUUUCCGCCGCUGCCGCCGCCGCAGCUGCCGCUGCUGCAGCAUCUAUGAACUCUGGAAACUCGGGAGCUGGACUGGGAUCGGGCGCUGGAGCUGGAGCUGGAGCUGGAGCCCCGCCAUCCACCGCACAGCCCACUUCGGACCCGUACUUCACCCACUUUGAUCCGCACUAUGAGCACCAGAGCUACAAAGUAAGUCAGAAAGAAGCCCAACAGCGCCUUGAGGAAUCGCACCGCGAGAAGGUCACGCGCGUGAUGAAGGACUGGUCGGAUCUGGAGGAGAAGUACCAGGACAUGCGGCUGGCGGACCCCAAGGCGGCCCAAUCCUUUAAGCAGCGGAUGACGGCUCGCUUCCAGACUUCUGUUCAGGCACUCGAGGAAGAAGGCAACGCCGAGAAGCACCAACUGGCCGCCAUGCACCAGCAGCGCGUUUUGGCCCACAUCAACCAGCGGAAGCGGGAGGCCAUGACCUGCUACACCCAGGCCCUCACCGAACAGCCUCCGAACGCCCACCAUGUUGAGAAGUGCCUGCAAAAAUUGCUGCGCGCCCUGCACAAGGACCGUGCCCAUGCCCUGGCCCACUACCGCCACCUGUUGAACUCUGGAGGACCUGGUGGCCUGGAGGCGGCUGCUUCGGAGCGACCCCGCACUCUGGAGCGCCUGAUCGACAUCGAUCGUGCCGUCAACCAGUCGAUGACCAUGCUCAAGCGCUAUCCCGAGCUGUCGGCCAAGAUUGCCCAGCUGAUGAACGACUAUAUUCUGGCAUUGCGCAGCAAGGACGACAUUCCCGGCUCGUCGCUGGGCAUGAGCGAGGAGGCGGAGGCCGGCAUUCUGGACAAGUACCGCAUCGAGAUCGAGCGCAAGGUGGCCGAGAAGGAGCGCCUCCGCCUGGCCGAGAAGCAGCGCAAGGAGCAGCGGGCCGCCGAGCGGGAGAAACUGCGCGAGGAGAAGCUGCGCCUGGAGGCCAAGAAGGUGGACGAUAUGCUCAAGUCGCAGGCGGCCGAGCAGCAAUCGCAGCAGUCACCACAGUCGUCGACCCAAUCGCAGGCGCAGCAGCAGCAGCAGGAGAAGAGCCUGAGCAGCAAGGAGCUGGGUCUCGACGGCGGACUGGUCACUGCGGCCAAUCCCAACUUGGACACCACCAAGAGCGAGAAGGAGCUGUCGGAUACUGAGUACGCCGAGGCAACAGUAAGCAGCACCAAGGUGCAGACCGUGCUGCCAACGGUCGACGAUGAUGCCGUCCAGCGGGCGGUGGAGGAUGUGGCCGCUGCCGUUGCUCACCAGGAGGCCGAGCCGCAGGUGCAGCACUUCAUGACCCACGACCUGGGCCACCGCGAAUCGAGCUUCUCGCUGCGCCGCGAGUUCGCGCAGCAUGCGCACGCGGCCAAGGAGGGUCGCAACGUCUACUUCACGCUCUCCUUCGCAGGCAUCGCCCUCAUGGCGGCCGUCUUCGUGGGCGUGGCCGUGGCCAAGUGGCGGACAUCGCGCUCGCCGCACGCCCAGGGCUUCAUCGAGGUCGACCAGAACGUGACCACACACCAUCCCAUCGUGCAGGAGGAGAAGAUUGUGCCCAACAUGCAGAUCAAUGGGUACGAGAAUCCGACCUACAAGUAUUUCGAAGUGAAAGAGUAAGCGGGACGGCAACAGGGGCGCGGCUGGCUAGAGCAGGAGCGAGAACGCGAGCGAGCGAGAGGCACACAUCAACAGCAGAAGCAGAAGCAGAAGCAACAGCAGCAGCAACCACAAUUUCAAAAUGGAAAACUUAAGCAUAAUAUUAAAAGCAGAUGGGAAGAGAAAUGAUUUUUUUUUCGUCACAAGGAGCGCAGUUCCAAUAAGGAGAAUCGAGGGGUAGAAGAAGAAAGAUAAAUUCAAUGAAUGGUAAUAUAUCUAUAUAUUAAAUUAAAGCAAGCAAGCAGAAAGGCAAGAAUAUAAAGCAAGCAAUUAAAUUUAAGUAUUUGAAUGUUUAACAAAAUGCAGUAAACAUCCUUUCUAGCUCUCUGUCUCUCUCUGUCUCACUCGACCACCCUUCCCUUUCCCCCCACACACACACAUACUUUCACACAGAUACACACACAUAAUCAGAUUGAAGAAACAGACUCACCUACAUUUCGCACACUGUGGUUCUUGUUGGGCGCCAAUUAAAAAAGAGAGAGAAAACUAAUAGCCAAAGAGGCAGGCGAAAAUCCGUGCAAAGGCAGCUCGGAGUAAAAGAAGAAAGAUGAAAGCGUAGAGACAAGAAUCGCAGACUGCAAAAAUGAAAAAAAGGAAAGGAGGAGCUGGCGGAGGAGAAGAAAGAAAGGAGAGCAGAAGAAAAGCAAAUGCAAAACAAAAGAUAUUCCUAGUAAAUAAAUUGUCAACACACACACAUUCACACACCGACUCACUCAUAGAUUCAGGAACACUCACACACACACGCGCAUUCAUGGCUGCUUCGUAGCAUACUUUCGAGCGUUUCGUGGCGUUGAAAUGCUUGCAAGCCGAUCGCAAUUCUUACCGACAAAACUUACGCCACUUAUUAGAGCCGCGCUAAGAGCUAAAAGGAGAAGGGAGAAAGCAGAAAGCAGAAACACAGAUACACACACUCACACACUGAGACACAUGUGAACCUAAGAGCUACCUACGCGUACUAAUCUCUAUACGAACGUGCAUAUGCGCCCAUGUAUAUGUCGAACUCUCUCUGAACCACACACGCUCACACUCACACCAGACAAAAAACGCAAAGGCAACUGCAAAUGCAAGAACCCAACAAAUUAUAUAUACACAUAUAUAUAUAUAUAUAUAUAUACAAUAUAUUUAAAGCAAAGCAAGAAGAAAUGUCCAUAAAUGUAUUUAUGUAUCUAUACACGAGCCACACAACCCAGAGGUCGAAGGUCAGCCGGCUAAGGGGAAGAAUUACGAUGCUUGGCAGGCUAUGAAAUUAAUAUAUGAAUCAGCUACGUAACAGAAACAAUGCAAAACGCUAAGCUAAUUGCAGGAGGAAGCCCAGAGAAGGAAAAACAAAUCGACAAACGGAAAGCGAAAAACUUUUAGAACUUUUUCUGCAUAUUUUGUGUGUAAGUCGGUGGCAAAAAACCAAAAACCAAACAAAAACCAAAACCAAAAACAAAAAUGUUUUUUCUCUUUUUUACGUUACAUGUUUCACUCAAAGGCCAGCACAAAACACUCACACCCCCAACACACCACACAGAAGAGCCCUUGAGCAGUCGUUGCAUUUCGUAUCAAGAGAUUCGCAAUUGUUUGCAAUUAUGUAAUUACACCUUAGAGCCAAAUGCCGGCGAAAGCUGAUAAGCGGGUCCCCCAAACGGAGGUGGGACCGCAGAAAUCCGGGGAGCUUGGCGACGGACGCAUCCGGAGACGGCACCACCUAGAGUGGACGCUCCGAAGAGCCGGAGAGUCCCAAGAUAAACCGUUUCGAAACGGCUGGUUUCAUUUCUCGGCUCGAUUGCUUGGCAAAUAUUUGGCCUGCUUUGUUCGAGCAGCGAGAUACUGUUACUCAAUCAAGCCAAAUAAUCGAAUUGCCUUUCCCCGAGCCGAUAAACCGACGAGUGGUUGCCCUUCUCAGUUCAAUUUCCAUUCAAUCGAGGGCUAAAUUGCAACUAAGCACACUGAUAUUCACGUAAGGUGGCAAAGAAUUGAAAAUCAAAAGGAUUAAAUUUAAACUAAAAUUGAAUUGAAAUUGAAACUAAUGUUGAAAUUGAAGUUCAAGUUGAAAUUGAAACUAAAGUUGAACUGAAAUUGAAACUAAAAUUUAAAUUGAAGCCAAAGUUGAACUGAAAUUGAAAUUGAAGUUGAACUAAAAUUGAAACAGAUUAAACUCAUUUUUUAUGUUUAAAAUAUUUAAACUAAAAGUCAAACGAAAGCCGAGAUCUAAACUGUUAUUGGUCUUAAAGAUUCUGAAAAGAAUAGGUUUAAAAAGAGUUAAACUAAAUCGUAAAUUGCUUGUCACAUUGAAACCGAUAUUCAACUAAAAAUGGAACAAGAGCCACAGCUUGAAAGUUGAAGUUGAAAAUACAGCUGCACUGAGUAAUUCGAAAAUUAAAUCGGAAAUUGAGAUUCUGAAUGAGAUUUAAAAGGAGAAUGUACCCAUAAUUGAAACUGCAAUUAAAAUUUGGCAACUGGGUUUAAGUUGAAACUGACAUCGAACCUGUAAUUAAAGUUGAUUGGAAAUUACUGGGAUUGAAAUGUACUUUCGAUCUAAAAACAAUACAGCACAAACAGAACUGGAAACUGGCAGUUACACACUAACACAAAUUAAAAUCAAAAUAAGUGCUGUAAAUUAAGCGGAAAUUGAAAUGCAAAUUCAAAAGUCACCCGAGAUUGAUACUAAAAUUGAAGCUGGAUGAAACUGGCAAUAAAAAGUUAAUCCUCAGUGAAACAAACCUUGGAAUUAUAGCGGAAAAUUACUACGAAAAUAUGGAAAUGUAAGUUAAGACCAUAAUUACCAUAAGAAUAAAGUUUUAAAUAUCAUUUUCAUAUCAAAAUGAAUUUGCACAUUAAAUCCAAGGUCAGUGUCAAUGAGGAUUACAGAUUUAUGUUCGGUUUCUGAGCAUCAAGAAUAGUGACGACUUCAAUUUUGAACUUGAUUUACGAUUUUUGCUAUAAUUGAAACGUUUAAUUAGGUAUUAAUUUUUGGUGGUGAUCAUAUCCACUUUCCAGCUCAGUUUGACUUUCUAUUUGAAUUCAGUUACAGUUUUGGAAUCAGUUUCAAUUCAAAUUUUACUUUUCAAAAAGACUUUCAAGUUUAGUUCUUAUUUCUCAAGAAUCUAAGUUGAAUAAAAAUUUCAAAAUAUAUGCAAUUCUAGGAUAGGUCGAAAAUUUUGGCUAAACGGAAAUUAUUUCAAAUAUUUUAGACAGGUUUAAAAAUUAUGGCAAUCUUCGUUUUUCAAGGCAAACUCACGGCUCUCCCUCACACAGACAAAGACAGACACAUUAUAUAAUGCUAAAUGUAUUACAACAAUAUAUAUACAUCAAUAUAUAUAUAUAUACAAACACAUAUAUAUUUCAACAGAAACAAACAAAAGGCAAAUCAACUACACAAAAAGUAAAUAAGAAGAAAAUCUAACUAGUCAAAGCUUGAAUAUUUUUUAAUUUAUUCAUUAAUACAACAAGAACAACAACAAAAAAUGAAAAAGUAUACAUAUAUAUAAAAACCAAAAAACAACAAGAAAAAGAAAAAAACAAUUGAUAUUUACACUUAGUGAAGCAAAAAACAAAACCAAAAAACAAAAAAAGCGGAAAGUAAAAGCGAAAAAAAAGAAACGAAAAACAAAAUGAUGCAAAUGUGUAAGAAAUAAACCCCGUCCUGCAUAAAUAAAAUUAAAUAAAAUAAUAAAAUAAAUGGAAACGUAAAGAAUAUCAUAAAACAAAAAAGAUUUACACAAAGAUUAAAUGCAAAACCAACAAACAAAAAGCGUGGAAGCAACAACAAGAAAAUUAUAAUGAAAUCGCAUGUGUUUUUGUCGUAGUCUCAUCAUUGAAAACCAAGAGAAAAGCAAAAAAAAAACUAAAAAACAAAAAAAAAAACAAAUUCAAAACAAAAAGAAGUAAAUUGUAACGAGAGAAACCAGCAAAUAAGAGCAAAAAUUUGUGUAAUUCUUUUUGUCGAACUAUGAUUUUUGGCCGAGCGGAGAACUCAGUUGGAGAAAAGUAUAAGAAAAUUUAAAUAUUAAAUGUACUCAAAGACAAUUGUAAUUGCAACAAUAAUUGUACGCUAUAUAUACUAUUAUUAAUGUGGAAAAGAUUUCAGCAUUCGGUCCUGGCCGUUGACCCCCGAUCUUUGAUCUUCGAUCGGCGAUCGACCAUCUUCGAUCUUCGACUCGCCUCGAUCUACGCGGAUCGAUAACGAUUGUCGAUAUGUCGGGCAUUAUUACACUAUAGCCCCGGGGCGUGGGACCCAGGAAAAGCCAGGAAAAUUGUAUAAUGUUUCACACAAAAAAGCCCAUUGAUGGAAAACCAAACAUAAAACAUAAGAAUGCAAAGGAAACAAACAACAACAAAACAACAACAACAAAGAAAACAAAACCAAAAACCAUUUUCAAUGUAUAAUCAUAUAAUUUGAUUUUGAAUUUUUGUGUUCUUUUUCGAAAUAUUUUGCAUAAAUAAAAUAAAAUAACAGAAAAACAAAAAUUAA